GAGAGAUCCACACGCACACAUACACACUACAAAGUGCAGUUUGCAAAACAGAGCAUUUUCCUCGUAUGAUUUUCUCCCUUUCUCUCUGAGAUUUUUUUCAAUUUAGUCGAUAUAUUUCCUCAAUUCUCGUGUGGAAAUUCAUGGCGGAUUCGAACGGAGCGACGUUGGACCUGAAGGCAACUUUUCUGGGCGUGUACACUGCGCUCAAAUCCGAGCUGUUGAAUGAUCCUGCGUUUGAGUGGACCCAAGGUUCGCGUCAAUGGGUCGAGCGGAUGCUGGACUACAAUGUACCUGGAGGGAAGUUAAACCGAGGCCUGUCAGUUAUUGAUAGCUACAAGUUACUUAAAGAAGGAAAAGACUUAACAGAGGACGAAGUAUUUCUAGCUAGUGCUCUUGGCUGGUGUAUUGAAUGGGAUUUGAUUUAUACAUCGGAACUACAGCUUCAGGCAUAUUUUCUAGUCCUUGAUGACAUUAUGGAUAAUUCUCACACACGACGUGGUCAGCCAUGCUGGUUCAGACUCCCAAAGAUUGGGUUGAUUGCUGUAAAUGAUGGAAUUAUGCUUCGAAAUCACAUCCCUAGAAUUCUCAAGAAGUACUUCAGAGAAAAGCCUUAUUAUGUGGAUUUGCUAGAUUUGUUCAAUGAGGUGGAGUUUCAAACUACAGCGGGACAGAUGAUAGAUUUAAUUACCACUAUUGAAGGAGAAAAGGAUUUGUCAAAAUACUCGUUGCCACUUCUUAAUGUUUACGACUCUGGUUUUAUUUUCUGCAGUCAUCGCCGCAUCGUUCAGUAUAAAACUGCUUACUACUCAUUUUACCUUCCGGUCGCAUGUGCUCUGCUGAUGGCGGGUGAGAACCUAGACAAUCAUGUAAAUGUGAAAGAUGUGCUGAUUGAUAUGGGUGUCUACUUUCAAGUACAGGUGAGGUUGUCUGUUGCAUCCUUCGAAUUCGUGGACAUCACCAAUAGCGAUGAUGACUACUUGGAUUGCUUUGGUGAACCUGAAAAGAUCGGGAAGAUUGGAACAGAUAUUGAGGACUUCAAGUGCUCUUGGCUGGUUGUGAAAGCCCUGGAGCUCUGUAAUGAAGAACAAAAGAAAAUUCUUUACGAGCACUACGGAAAGGAAAAUCCAGCGGAUGUUACGAAAAUCAAAGCCCUCUACCAUGAGCUUAAUCUACAGGGCAUAUUUUCCGAGUACGAAGCUAAGAGCUAUGACAGACUCACGAGCUCCAUCGAGGCUAUUCCUAGAAAACCCGUGCAGGCCGUGCUGAAGUCCUUCCUAGGCAAGAUAUACAAGAGGCAGAAAUAAACAAAAUUGUAUCGCGAGUGUGAAGUAAGCCGGGACUGCUUGAUAUUGUGAUAGAUGUGUGUUGUUUUAGAAGGGUUGAUGAAAUCCCCUAGUUUAUUCUGUUUGUGUUUUGUCUGUAUUGUUUUGUGAUUUUCCAAUAUCUCCUUUGAGGAGGGGAAUGUCAUUCCUUUAGACUUCAAUUAAGAAGUGACCAUUUCUGGUUAGCAUUGAUAAAUGUAAUUUGUGGUGUUCUAGGGCNGUUGCAAAAAAAAUCCUUUUUCAAUUAUUUUCCA